AUGUCCUCGACGGUGUUCGCGUCGACGCGUGUCGCCCCGGCGUGUCGCGCGCGCGAUCGCGCGACCAAACACCGGCGCGCGCGCCCCGACCCGCGCGUCCCGAGGGAGUUUCGUUCCCUGAGGGCGCCCGCGCUCGAGGGGGACCAUCGCGCCCCGGUCGACGGGGCGGGAGCCAGAGGAGCGCCCCGUCGGUCGAACGCGCCCCGGGCGAUCGUCACGCGGACCCGGCGCGAUCACGUCGCGUCAACCUUACUCGCGGUCGCCGUCUCCGGGCUCGUCAACGCCGUCCCGGUGCCGACGUCCUGGGCCGAGGACGCCGCCGCGAGAGCCACGGGUGACCGCGAGACCGAGACGGUGCUCGCCAACGACGACCGGCGGGAACGCGAGGGAGGAUCCGUGCUGGGCGCGAUGGAAUCCCCGAUGUCGUCGACGACCGCCGCGAUCGACGCCGCGGAGGUGGCCGUCCCGCUCGAGAUCAUCGGCGGGAACCGCCCCGCCGUCGCGCGCGACGACUCCCUCCCGGAUGAGAUCUCCGUCGCGGGGAAGGUUUUGACUCGAUACGUGGACGAAACCUCGGGGUACUCCGUGGCGGUUCCCGCGGGAUGGGCCAGGGAUCAGCCCGCGGCGAACACCCCGGAGUUCCAUCCCGUGUCCGAGUACGGCGGCAGGAGGUUUCGGGUGACGGUGACGCCCGUGGGGAAAGUCUCGAGCCGAUUGCUGGCGUCGCUCGCGGAUUCGGAUUCGGAGGAGAUCCAAGACGGAGGGUUCGAGUCUGCGGCGGCGUACGCCGCCAAGGAGGCUUCGAAGUUUGCGCCGCUGGAGGGCACCCCCGCGGCGAAGGCGGCGGGGAUCAACGCCACGACGCAGAUCCUCGACGCGCGGGUGUCCGAGGACGGGGCGUAUUAUUACUACUCGUUUCGUUCCGAGGGGGUGUACCCGUUUCGGUUUUGGGGCGCGAGCGCCGUCGGUCCCGGGCAGACGGGCGGGGCGAGGAAGCUGGGGCGGCGGGACGUGGUGUCGGUGGUUGCGCAGAUGCCGGAGGAUAAGGCCAAGGAGGAGGACUACGAGCUGCUCAGGGGCGUGGUGGAAUCCUUCCGGGUUUUCGACUAUUAA